AUGACCUAUUCUACAGUGAGCAUUAACACGCCUCCCCCAUACCUUACUCUAGCUAGCAAUGAAAAAUUACCAACCAUUUUGUCCAUUGCCGGGGCAGAUUCAAGUGGUGGUGCCGGUAUUGAGGCUGAUAUCAAGACUAUCACGGCCCACAGAUGUUACGCCAUGACAUGCAUCACCACUUUGACUGCGCAAACUCCAGUGAAGGUGUACGGUAUCAAAAACACCCCAAAGGAUGUUGUUUCCCAAAUACUGGAAGCAAAUUUAAAGGACAUGAAAUGCGAUGUUAUUAAAACUGGUAUGCUUACGACGGCUGCUAUCGAGGUUUUGCACGAAAAGCUUGUUCAGCUUGGUGAAAAAAGACCUAAACUAGUGGUUGAUCCCGUUCUAUGUGCCACUUCUUGUUCUAAUUCAGCUGGAAAGGACGUAGCCGGUUUAAUUGUAGAGAAAAUCUCACCCUUUGCUGACGUUUUGACUCCAAAAAUCUCAGACUGUUUCAAAUUGUUAGGGGAAGACAGAAUAGUUAAUAAAUUAGAAGACGUUUUUGAGAUCGCCAAAGACAUUUCUAAAGUCACAAAAUGUUCCAACAUUUUAGUGAAAGGAGGCCACAUUCCAUGGGAUGAUGGAAAUGAAAAAUAUAUAACCGACGUUCUUUACUUGGGCGCCGAACAAAAGUUCAUCACUUAUAAGGGUAAAUUUGUUGAGACCACCCACACUCAUGGUAUUGGGUGCACCCUGGCUUCUGCCAUAGCAUCCAACUUGGCUCGCGGUUAUUCCCUUCCACAGUCUGUUUAUGGUGCUAUUGAGUAUGUCCAAAAUGCCAUUGCCAUUGGCUGUGAUGUCACUAAGGAGACUGUCAAGGACAAUGGGCCAAUUAAUCAUGUUUACGCUGUAGAAAUCCCACUAGAAAAAAUGCUCAGCGAUGAAUGUUUCACUGCAUCAGACGUUGUGGCUAAGAAACCAGUCAAAGGGUCUCUUGAUAAAAUUCCUGGAAAGAGCUUCUUUAAGUACCUGGUAAAUCACCCCAAAGUCAAACCUCACUGGGACUCCUAUGUGAAUCAUGAAUUUGUUAAAAAAGUGGCCGAGGGUACAUUAGAUCGCAAGAAGUUCAAAUUCUUUAUUGAACAAGACUAUCUAUACUUACUCAAUUAUGCUAGAAUUUCCUGUAUCGCAGGUAGUAAGUCUCCAAGCCUAGAAGAUCUUGAAAAGGAGCUAGUUAUCGUUGAUUGCGUCCGUAAUGGGCUAAAUCAACACGAAAGAAGGUUAAGAGAAGGAUUCGGAGUCAAAGACCCGGACCACUUACAGAAAAUUCAGAGAGGUCCUGCUUUAAGAGCCUACUGUCGUUACUUUAAUGAUGUCGCCAGAAGAGGGAACUGGCAAGAACUAGUUAUAGCCCUUAAUCCUUGCUUAAUGGGUUAUGUUCAUGCCUUAACGAAAAUUAAGGAUGAGGUGACUGUAGCCGAGGGUACUCUUUAUCGUGAAUGGUGUGAUACAUACUCGUCUACAUGGUGUCACGAAGCCAUGCUUGAAGGUGAGAGGCUUUUGAAUCACAUAUUGGAAACAUACCCUCCAGAACAACUUGAUACUUUGGUGACGAUAUAUGCGGAGGUUUGUGAAUUGGAAGCAAAUUUCUGGACCGCCGCUCUUGAAUAUGAAUGA